UAAACCCUUUAUCUUUAUGUCACCUAACCUAGAGACCUAAAAACAUUCGACUUCAACCCAAUUCUCACGAUUCUCCUCUUCUCUAUUUUUAUUUUCCCAGCUUUUUUCACAUCAAGCAGACCCCCAAAUCUCUCUCCCUAGUCCCUUCUACAAAUUUGACCGUUGGUAAAAACAUAAAGACUUUCUCAAUCUCAGUUCAGGCUUAAAGAAAGCAGUCUACUUCAUGGGUUUUUGUCGGGGUAGCCAUUGAAGUCCUCCGAGCAAAGUUUGCGCCUCAGUGACCCAGUUUGAAGACCUUUUGGUGGGGUUUUCUUAGCAGCUUUUAGUGGAAAUAACUACGACUAGGCUGAGGUGUAUUACAAUUGAAAAUGAUUUCGGAGAAGCCCAGUUGGAUUAGGCACGAGGGAAUGCAGAUAUUCUCCAUUGACAUUCAACCUGGUGGGCAUAGGUUUGCUACUGGCGGUGGGGAUCACAAAGUUCGAAUAUGGAACAUGAAACCAGUUGAUAGAGAGAUAGAUAGUAAUGAUUCAACGCCAAAGCUUCUUGCUGUUCUUCGCGAUCAUUUUGGAUCUGUCAAUUGUGUUAGGUGGGCUAAGCAUGGUAAAUACCUUGCUUCUGGGUCAGACGACCAAGUGAUUUUCGUUCAUGAGAAGAAGCCUGGUUCAGGAACAACCGAAUUUGGAAGUGGAGAGCCUCCUGAUAUCGAGAACUGGAAAGUUGCCAUGGCAUUGAGAGGACACACUGCAGAUGUGGUGGAUCUCAAUUGGUCUCCAGAUGACACAAUGUUGGCUAGUGGAAGUUUGGACAAUACAGUUCAUAUUUGGAAUAUGAGCAAUGGCAUCUGCACAGCUGUUCUAAGAGGUCAUUCUAGUUUGGUUAAAGGAGUCACUUGGGAUCCUAUCGGUUCCUUCGUUGCAAGUCAGUCGGACGAUAAAACAGUCAUUAUAUGGAGGACGAGUGAUUGGACCCUUGCUCACAAGACUGAGGGUCAUUGGGCAAAAUCUCUUGGUUCCACCUUCUUUAGGAGGCUUGGAUGGUCACCUUGUGGUCAUUUUAUUACUACCACUCACGGUUUUCAGAAACCGAGGCAUUCGGCUCCUGUUUUGGAGAGGGGAGAGUGGUCUGCUACUUUUGAUUUCUUAGGACACAAUGCUCCUAUUAUUGUGGUGAAGUUUAACCAUUCAAUGUUCAAAAGGAGUAGCUCCGACUGUUCGGAUUCAAAACCCUUGCAUGUUGGGUGGAGUAAUGGUACUUCUAAGACUGGGGAGAAAGAUGCUCAGUCGUUUAAUGUUAUAGCAAUAGGAAGUCAGGAUCGUACUAUAACCGUCUGGACAACUGCCAGUCCUCGUCCCCUUUUUGUCGCUAAGCAUUUCUUUACUCAAAGUGUUGUAGACUUGUCAUGGAGUCCUGAUGGGUAUUCACUGUUUGCAUGCUCAUUGGAUGGGUCAAUAGCUACUUUCCAUUUUGAAGAAAAAGAACUCGGUGAGAAGCUAACCAAUAUGGAAUUAGACGAACUAAAGAAAAGCCGGUAUGGUGAUGUGAGGGGCCGACAGACAAAUUUAGCAGAAAGCCCCGCCCAGUUAUUUCUUGAAGCAGCAUCUGCUAAGCUAACCACGAACAAGAAGAUAACCCCUGAAAUUCAACAGAUUCCUCAGGCUACCAUAAGACCUGUUUCUGAUGCGGUAGUUGGAGUAAAGGUUUCUUCUGAAUCCCAAAUCGAGAAUGUGAAGAACAAUAAAGCUAGCAGUGACACAGUAAAUAAAACUCAAACUGCCCCUCCGGUCUCUAGCCCUGUGAAGCAAAAAGAAUACAGACGUCCAGAUGGAAGGCGGAGGAUAAUCCCAGAGGCAGUUGGUUUGCCAGCUCAGCAGGAAAUAAUGGGGGAUCAAAAUAUUGAUUUUCCCCUGAAAUCGUCAGAAAAUGGAAGGAUUUUGGUUGAUAGUGGUGUCAGAGAAGCCCAAAUCAAGGGAUCAACAUCUGGAAAUGCAUAUGCAAAGGAUCGUACUGGAGUUACUGCUAGGGCCACUAUUAGCGAGAGUCUGAUAAUCGAGAAGGCUCCCAUUACUUCUGGUAGUGAUGGAAACAUUAUUAUUGAGAAUGGUCCUAGCCCUGGUUCGUCAGCCACUUCUGCUGGUACCCUGUCAAUUAGGGUAUUUGACAAGAAAGGAGGAGAUAGUGUGCCUGUUGGUUUACAAGCUCGUCCGAGAGAACAAACUGCGAACGAUGUUUUUGGGAUGGGAAAUGCAUCUGUGAUGAAAGAAACGGAGAUUGUUUGUAUAAGAGAUGCUCAAACCCUUUGGUCUGAUAGAAUUUCUGGAAAAGUUACUGUCUUGGCUGGAAAUGUCAAUUUCUGGGCGGUUGGUUGCGAAGAUGGGAGCCUGCAGAUAUACACAAAAUGUGGGAGACGUGCUAUGCCAACCAUGAUGAUCGGAUCUGCUGCAGUGUUUAUUGAUUGUGAUGAGAACUGGAAGUUGUUACUGGUCACAAGGAAAGGGACUUUGUAUAUAUGGGAUCUUUACAAUCGGAAAUGUCUCCUUCAUGAUUCGUUGGCUUCAAUUGUCACAUCGGAUCUGAAGUCUGCCUCAAAAGAUGCAGGCACAAUAAAGGUCAUUUCGGCUAGGUUAUCAAAAUGCGGUUCUCCUCUUGUCAUUCUGGCGACACGCCAUGCGUUCCUCUUUGAUUUGAAUCUCAUGUGCUGGCUGAGGGUUGCCGAUGAUUGCUUUCCUGCAUCGAAUUUUGCAAGCUCGCUGAAUUUGGGUUCUAGUCAGAGUGCCGAGCUAGCUGCCUUGCAGGUGGAUAUUAAGAAGUUUUUGGCCAGGAAACCCGGUUUUAGCAGGGCAACGGAUGAUGGAGUGCAGACACGUGCACAUUUGGAAACUCAAUUGGCUUCUGCUUUGGCACUAAGAUCCUCCAAUGAAUAUCGACAGUGUCUCCUGUCGUAUGUAAGAUUUCUUGCAAGGGAAGCAGACGAGUCGCGUUUAAGAGAAGUUUGUGAGAGCUUUCUUGGACCUCCUCCCAAUGGGAUGAUGAUUCCUGAAGCAGCAGCAGCUACAUCCUCAAAUUCAGAAACUGCAACAGCAUGGGAUCCUUCUGUGCUGGGAAUGAAAAAGCACAAAUUGCUAAGAGAAGAUAUUCUGCCAACAAUGGCCUCAAACAGGAAGGUGCAACGUUUGCUUAAUGAAUUUAUGGAUCUUCUAUCUGAAUAUGGAAUAGACGAAACUCGAUCAGAACAGAAACGCAGUCAGUUGGAUCCUCCUCCUACUUGUCCAAACCAGCCUGCUCAGCCAACAUCAGAAGAUCCAAUGGCAAUGGAGGUGGUUAUUCUUCCUUCUGCGAGUGAUGAUCAAAUGGCUUCAACUGAUAAUAAAGUAGAAACCAAUCCAGAAAAAAAGCUUAUAGAUAAAGUGGUGUCAUUAUCUACUAACUCACUCUUAGUAGUAACAGAAAAGGCAAGUUCAAAUGUCGCAGCUUCACCGAGCCUUGACUAACAGAGCUUUCAAACAUUAUCCAUGUUGUAUAGUCCUCCGGUUCCUUUAAGCCAUGGAUUUAUAUUGUUGGUUUUAAUCGGUAGGAUUUAAAUUGUACUACUUUUGCUUCGAUAGUGGAAGGUAAACUAGGAUUUUUAAUUUUUGUUUUUAUAGAUUGGGUGCAACUUCUUUCAUUGUGACAUGUCAAGUCAAUUUGCAAUCAGUAAUGUAAAUUUAAAGAGCAUUUGAGAAAGACUUGGCAUCUCCAAUCCCUAAGUCUCAAUUGUUUAAAUUUUACAAGAUUUGUUAUAUUCUCAGUACUAUUAUUAAUCUUAAUUAGAAGCUGCUUCUUUCAGAAAUCA